UGGAAUCCUGAGCACGUCCCCCCUCCCUCUCGAGCCCUGCCCCUUCAGCUGCAGCCGUGGUUUUAUCUUCAAUCAUACUUCGAGUCCGUGAGCAGCGGAACCCAGCACAGGCACAGGACUGCGGGGAGGACAGCAGCCAUGGCUAUGCUCUCAACGCUUCAGCUGCUCUUUCUGUUCCAGCUCUUAACAUCAUCUCUUACCCAGCUGAGGCCAGGCCCCCAUGGAGCACCUGGACUGCAGGGGCCCCCAGGACCCCCAGGGAAAGAUGGCAUUGAUGGUAAACCUGGUCCUGCAGGACUACCAGGAAAGCCUGGGCCAAAAGGAAAGGCUGGUACACCAGGGGUCGCAGGAAGUCCGGGAUUGCCUGGCCUCCCUGGAGUGGAUGGUUUAACUGGUUCUGACGGGCCAGCUGGUAAGGACGGACCACCAGGAGCAACUGGUGACCCGGGACCUCCUGGACCAGGUGGACCACCUGGCAGAGGCAGACCAGGAGCUGCUGGUCUUUCUGGAGCUAAUGGACAUCCAGGUGGAGCUGGACCUCAAGGCCCUCCGGGGCCUGACGGUCUUCCAGGACUUCCUGGUUUGCCGGGCUCAGAUGGACCACCUGGACUUCCAGGAACUCUCCCUGAAGGCAGUGGAGAUCUGCUGUGUCCUGCCAUCUGCCCACCGGGUCCUCCUGGACCGCCCGGAAUGCCUGGAUUCAAGGGUCAUACAGGUCAUAAAGGCAGUAAAGGAGAGGUGGGGAAAGAUGGAGAGAAGGGUGAUCAGGGUCCACCUGGUCCACCUGGAAUCCCGGGAACAGUGGGUUUACAGGGUUCUCGGGGUCUGAGAGGUCUUCAGGGUCCAGUGGGUGCAGUAGGAGACAGAGGAUUUCCUGGUUUCAGAGGAAAACCUGGAACCGCUGGAGUCAUUGGGAAAGCAGGUGAUGCUGGUGAAAAAGGUCCUCAAGGAUUUAAAGGCCCAAAAGGAGAGAUUGGCAAAAUAGGCCCUAAGGGAGUACCUGGAGGUGCAGGACCCAAAGGCGAACCUGGCAUGCCUGGCAGAGAUGGGAAGGAUGGAACUCAAGGACUGGAUGGUGAAAAGGGUGAUGCUGGUAGACCUGGAGUACCUGGUGAGAAAGGACCUAAUGGUCUGCCUGGUUUGCAAGGAAAAGCUGGUGCAAAAGGAGCCAAGGGAGGAGUUGGCAAUGCGGGAGAGAUGGGAGAAGCAGGACCAUCUGGAGAGCCAGGUAUCCCUGGUGAGAUUGGCAUCCCUGGCGAGAGAGGUGAAGCUGGACCCAGAGGAGUGGCUGGGGGCAUUGGACUACCUGGAAACAUUGGACCACAAGGUGUUAAAGGAUUCCAGGGCAUUAAAGGUGCUCUUGGUGACACAGGUCUGCCUGGCCCGACAGGAAUCAGAGGCGGGUUUGGUGAAAGAGGUCCAGUUGGAGCCGGUGGUCCAAAAGGAGAUAUGGGAGUUGCUGGAAGUGAUGGUUUGCCAGGAGAGAACGGAGAACCCGGUCCAUAUGGUCCGGUUGGGCAGAAAGGAGAGCCUGGUAAACAUGGUGAACUGGGACCUAAAGGAGUUGUAGGACCACAGGGAGAGAUCGGAGGCAGAGGAGCACCUGGAAAACCAGGACCAAUGGGAUUCCAGGGAGAACAAGGUUUUCCAGGGGUUGCUGGAAAGACUGGUGUUCCUGGCAAACUGGCCAGUGAGCAGCAGAUCAGAGAACUGUGUGGAUCAAUGAUCGAUGAUCAGAUCGCUCAGUUGGCUGCUAACCUCAGAAGACCUCUGGCUCCUGGUGCUGUGGGACGCCCGGGACCACCAGGACCUCCAGGGAAGCCCGGAGAGGUGGGAUCUAUCGGUCACCCUGGAGCACGUGGACCACCAGGCUAUAGAGGACUGCCAGGAGAUCUUGGUGACCCUGGUCCUAGAGGUGAUGCUGGUGAGCAAGGUGAUAAGGGACCUGUCGGUAAAGCCAUUGAAGGGCCCAUUGGAGACCAGGGUGACCAGGGUCUGCCAGGAGUCCGCGGCAUCGUCAAAGACGGGCGUGAUGGUGCACCUGGAGACCCAGGAGAAUCAGGAGAAGCUGGAAGAACAGGCCGAACAGGACACCAGGGUUCACCUGGAAUCUGUGACACUUCAGCGUGUCAGGGUGCAGCCGUUCACGGGAAAUCCUCCAACCCAAAGAACCAUUAACCAACCUGUCCACACCAUCAGGAGAGACAUGAGAAUUAAAGGGGGGGGGGUGGUGUUGGGCGGUGAGAGUAACAGAAUUCCUUUUCAUAAAUGUUUUUGAGAGGGAAUAUGGAACUGGAAAAAAUAAUGUCAGUGGAUCAUCACAGCGUUUUCAGAGCUGAACAAAUGUUGAGAUGAAACUCGAGAACAUCCUCAGGCUUGAAGAAGCAGCAUGUGUAGAUACAACCAAAGACUAAAUACAUCACUGAGUGACACGGUGGAAACUAGUUUAUGUAAAAAAAAAAAGAUUUCUCCUUCUAAUACCACCUCAGAUUAAAGUCCCUUUGUACAGUACCAGUUAAAAGUGUAAUGACCCUCUAACGAUGCAUGACUUUGAGCUUGAAAUUUGGGCAGAGGCAACAACAGUAAAUUCUGGGGAAUUGCUUGAGAUAUCAAAAACAGACGUGUAGAAAUAUUUUAUGUAUUACAGCAAGAUUUUUAAACAGUUGUAUUUUUAUUCAAAUUGAUUUUCUUUGUCAUUUUAUUCUAAGUUACUUUCUUAAAUGUUUAGUGUCCAAAAUCACCCUUUGAAGAAUAAAAAACAACAACAACAACAAAAAAAAACGCAUCUAUCUGGAUGCUUCAAACACUUUUACUGUGAGAAAUUUCAUUGGCCAUUUGUGGACUUUAUAAACCUCACCCACUAGAAACUAGUGCUGUAACUAUUAAAUCUACAUUAUUUUAAAUACUAUUUAUUAUUUCUGAGUUACUGUUGUAUGUACAGUGAAUUUCUACAGCGCGGUAUUGUAAGAAAUACUAAAUAAAGCCACUUUUCAGUGAAUCGGUUCUUUUAGAGCUCAAGUCUCU